CAUGGCCGGUGUUUUGUUUGUGUGUAAAAAUGGUUAUGCUUUAUGGCUAUGUUUAGAUAAUUUUUCGCGGUAAUCGAAUAAAUUUUUCGUGGAGUUAGGACGGAGGAAGAUGAACGCUACGAGUCUUUACGUAUCGACAUGUCGGUUGGUUUUACAAGCGGAUGCUGAAGAUCCGAAUUCGUGGACAGACUUGUAUAGGCUAGUUCCGUACUUGCGGCAGAGCUUGAGUUGUACAGUGUGUUCGAAUUUGUUGAUCGAGCCGCAUACACCGACUGAAACGAACUGUCAACAUCAUGUGUGUCGUGGAUGUAGAGGUGGUCGUAAAAAACUCAAACCAUCGUGUAGUUGGUGCAAGGACUAUGAUAAAUACGUUGAAAACGUCCAACUUCGGAUAUUGUUACAGUGUUACAAAAAACUGUGUGAAUACUUGACAAGCACAAAUAUUUAUCGGAGCUUAAUACUCUCCGUGUCUUCCAAUACAACAAGCAAUGGGCCAUCAGCUAUUGGUGCUACUAGUCUCAUGGAACUUAUACAAGAAGGGACCGGUUUUAAAGAUGAAUUCAAAAGUACUGCUGGCUUAUCUAAAUCAGCAUACAGUAUUCUCCCUUGUGUUUAUACCAGCACUACCUCUACUCAAACUCAAGGAAAUACUAUGUCAACUUCUGAGAAUAUAUCACAAAACAUACCAGAGUCUCCUACUAUUCGUACAGUUUCAAAUGGAUCUUCGAUAUAUUCAGUGAUGUAUGCCGGGUCUGGUAACAAAAUAACGAUAAAACGAAAAGCAGCGGCCACGGAAGAAAUAGAAGUAGGACAACAGGAAAUGGAUGGAACUCAACAAGGCUCUGUAGGAGGGGUAAAAUGCAUUCCAUCUUCCCAACUUAAAUAUGGGACCCCUUCUCAGAAAAAAUCUUCAAAGGGCAGCAAAUCCUCGGGCAGUUUUAAAAAGCCACGAUCAAGUUCUACUAGGAGCAAAAGAAAAGGAUGCAGAUGUGGUAAUGCUACAGCUAUACCUGGAAAAUUAACAUGUUGUGGCCAAAGAUGCCCUUGUUAUGUUGAAAGUAAACCGUGUAUUGAAUGUAGAUGUAGAGGUUGUAGAAAUCCUCAUACAGCUGAUGGUUUAAAGAUCCGCCCACAUAUACCAGAACUUCAUAACCUGCAAUUACAACUAUCAACUCCCUUGGAUUGUGAUGAACUGAACUCGGAUCCCUUAGGAUCUGUGUCACAAUGUCUUUCAACAUCUCCUACAACAAUUCAAGUAUUAAAUGUCUAUUCCACUCCAAGACUUGAUAUUGAUAAUGUUCCACAAAAUUUACCUGCAGCUUUAUUAGUAGGAGAAGAUGCUAUAGUUAGUACUGAAAGUGAAGCAGAGGACAGUGAUAUACAAAUUGAUGUGUGACAAAGUGUUUAAAUAAAAUUAUGCGCUAUACAUGACAAAAUAGUAAGGAAUAAUUAAUUAGAAUGAAAUAUAUAUACAUUAAAAAAGUCUUAUAAAAUGAAACUUAUGCGAUAUAAUAAUCGUAAGACUAUUAUCAGGAUGAUAAAUAAUAAUGUUUAAUUUCUGGGUAUUAUUAAUCCUUUCGCGGUAGCGAAAUUGAUCACUAAAACUCGACUAGGGUCUCCCUGACAUAAAUGUACAAUUCGCGCACUGAUAGUCUUUGGCGUUUCGAAUUUACUUCUUAUGCCUUGGAGAGUUUCUUUGAUAAUAAAAAUCAAGGUAAAUAAAAAAUAAAAAAGAUAAACGAAACACACAAAUAUAUAGUCAUUCGUAGUAUAUGAACAACGUUUCAUGGCAAGCGACUAUAACUUGCCCGUAAUAGCAAAAAAAAAAAAAAUAAUAGUUGAUAUUUCAGAUAUGAAAAGAUACAUUUUGUACAACAGCAUCAAUAAUCAAUAAUUUCAUUUUAUUCUAAAAUCUUGCAAUUAGUUUUCUCUUGGAUGUUAGUAAAAAAUCUACUUAUUAAAAUGUAUUUAGUUAUUUUUAUAUUAAGUUUGAUGACAUGUAUUUGCACCAACAAAAUUUAUUUUGAAUUUGGAAAUUGUCAUUGUUAUAUGAUAUUAAAAAUUAAAUAUAUACAAAUAAUCUGAGCAAUUGAUCUAGUUGUAUAGUAUAAAAGGCAAGUUCUUGGAACCAUAAUGCUUUGAAAUUUUAUCCGAGAUUAUGACUUUUAUCCAUAAUAUUACAAAUUAUAGUUGAAAAAAUAGAAAAAUAUUUAACAUAAAAGUACAAUAUACUAUUUAAUAAAAAUAAAUCUAUCGUAUAUUUUGACGCUUAAUUCUUUUUUUUUACGAUAUAAGUAUAAUAAAUCUUAAUCUUUUUAAUUGGUUAAAAAAUAUAUUAGAUAAUAUAGGUACAAAAAUAUGUAGAUAAAAACAAGAAAGAGAUACGUUCUUUUUCUUGCCCACUGCAUGAAGCUGUUGUACAUUUAAAAAAAAAAAAAAAAGAAAAGAAAUAGAGAAUAUAGAAAAAUAUUGAAUACCUUUUAAAAGAAAAUGUACAUAACUAUACAGUGAAUUAACAAAAAUUUAAACAACAUAAACUUGCCACUUGUACAUACAAUGACUAAAAGUCACACAUAUUUUAGCUACAUAUAUUUUAACUAUUUUACAUACUGAUAUUUCCACUUUUUUAACAUAAAGGUGCAAAAACAAAACACAUUCAGCAUUUUCUUAUAUCAAAAAAAAAUUAUCUUAGCUCUUAGCAAAUAAAAAAAAUAAAAAAAAAAGAAUGUUAAAUUAUAUGAUAAUGAUAAUGUAAAUAUAUUAAAUAAUCUAUAUAUAAGCCGUACAAUUUGUUCAUACCAUGUUAAAAUAUGAAACUGGAACUGUGGGGCAAAUAUGGCUGUAAUUUUUACUUUGCCUCCAAUUUUAUAGAGAAAUAUGAGGUAUUAGAUAUAUGAUAAUUUGCCUAACGUUUAGGUGAUUUACUGUAAAUAUUAAUAUAUAGAUAAUAAUUUUAUAGAAGUGGGAGUAUUAUCUUAUGUCCAAGACUUACAAAUUCUAUUUUUUAGAACUGGAUUUGUUGACCACGUGAGGUAGAAAAUUUCAUCUACAUAUAUAUCUCCAUCUAUUUGAACAAUUGUAACCAAAUAUUUACCACUUCCAAAUGUUAGUACAAAAUUACUAACUAAUGUGUAAUGCAUUUUUAUUGCAAUUGUUUUCAUAAUAUAUCAACAUCAUAAAUUUUUUUAAUAUGGAGAUCUAUUAAUUUAUUGUUAUAUUUAUAUUGUGUUAACACAAUAAUAAAAUAAACAAUGAAGCUUAGGAUGAUUAAGACAAAAUAAAUUUACAUAAUGUUCCAUUUAAAAUGGAAAUAUAAAAAAGAUAUAACAUAAUGUAAUUCAGAAAUUUGUAUAACAUAUAGAUUACUCAUGAAAAUUAUAGUAACAGACAUGAUAUAUUUCUCUUAAAUACUGUA